UUUCAAGUACCACGACAUGUUCCGACAUCCACAUCCACAGUGCCGGCACUUACAUGGAGAGACGAUACCGCAGAGCUCCAAAGAAUCGCAACUACGCUCUCCGUCCAUCGCAUGCCGCAGCCCACCAUCACGAGAACCCGCCCUCGACUUUGAAAGCGACCCUUUCGACUUGUCCGAGUGCGUCAAGGACUUCAUCACCCAUUUCCAGCCCACGGGUCAAGCCAAAUAUGCCCGUCCGAGCGUAUCCUUCAGCAACCUCAGCGUCUUCGAUACCGGCUCCGAGCUUCAGUUGCAGGCUCCUGUCCUGGCGACAUCUUUUCUUUCGGCAAGUCCAAGCCCAAGCAGAUUCUUCACGACUUCAAUUGUUGUUUCUAAAGCCGUGAACUCCUCGUCGUUCUCCGCCGUCCUGGGUUCGGAUGCAUCCCAUUUGCGCCCGGGACAACAGCACCUGGACUCGUUCGACCAAGCCCUGCGCAUAUCGUCCAACAUGGCUAUCCAAUCCCAUGCUGUUGCCAUUUACCAAGCUAGCCAAGCCAUCUACAACGAAUUCGACAAGGCCACCGUGUUGUACGAAGGGAGGCAGAUUUACUUUGGCCCGACACCCAUGGCCAAGUCCUUCUUGAAUGUCAGGGCUGGCAUGGAGCUCAAGAUCCCGAGUACUGGCGCGAAUCUCCCCGAAUACAACGCGUUGCUGGAAGAGAGGGAGUAUGAUGAGCGGAAGCCGGAAGCUAUAGCCCGGAUUCGUUAGCACAAGGAACGUCGACAGGCCAAGCACGCAAGAACCAAGUCACCAUAAACAAUCUCGUGUGCUUCCUCUCCUUGAGUUCCUCCUUCCUUG